CAACACCUCAAUAGCUUAUGAUAUAAAUAUUAAUUGGUUAUAAUUAUCAAUUCCUUGAACAUAAAUGUCUAGUGCACUCUUAAAGUAAUAACAAUAGCAUUGGGUAAAUUUUAGAAUCGCCUAAAAUUCGGGGUUAAAAUGAUUACGUACGGAUAGAGGAUGUCCUCCAGAUUCAGAAUAUAUAUAUAUUUAUAUAUAUAUAUAUACAUAGUUGCGGCUGACUUAUGGUUUUUAAGAUAUUUGCAUUUAAAGUUCAAAAAUUAUUUAAGCUGUGUAUAUCUUCCAAAUAUAAUGAUUUCUCACUGAUAUUUUUAACUUUUAUAUCUACUAACACUGCACUAAUUAGUUUCCACACAUUUAUUUUAUAUUAAGUGCAAAAAUAGUGCAUAAAUAACUAAUUCAAUAUUAAUUUUUGUUCCUUUCUUUUCAUUCACACAACAAGAGGUUUGCAUUCUAACAAAUAAUCAGUGUUUCCGUAUCUACAUAGUUCGUAAAGGAACCAAAAAGAAUAAAGAAGACAGAUAAUACCCCAAUGGCAGGUAAUAUAUAAUACAUAAUUCCUUUGAGCAUUGGCGGCCUUCGUCCCUGGUCGGUCCAACACCGGUGUGUGCUUACUUUCUUUUAUAAUCCUUAUUAUUUAAUUUUAUUCGUUUGCAAAAUAUAGUACCACUUAUUUUUUGUUUGCAUGCAGCCUUUUUGUUAUUGUAUGAAGAAAUUGAUUUGAACUAAAGUUAGAUAUUGAAUGAAAAUUAGUUUUGCACUAUUUAAUACCAAACAAAUGUGUAGAGAUGAAAUAAUGAAGUGUUAGUGCACAUAAAAGUUAAAAAUAUGAGAGAAAUGCGCACUUUAAAUAGUUGAAUUUUUGAACUUUAAAUGCAAAUAUCUCAAAAACCAUAAAUCAGCGGCAACUAAGUGUAUAUAUUGUCUUAAUCUGGAGAAUCUCUUCUAUUUGUACAUAGCCAUUUUAACCCCGAAUGCGGGGUAUGCUAUUCUUAAACCCAGCCAUAGCAUUAACUUUAGACAUUAAUUAAUGAUUCAAUGUGAAAUCGAUACUGCGUUCAAAAUAAAUAUACGUCAUGGUUGGUGCUUGUUACAAUAAACAUUGGAAGAAAUGUUUGUAUGAAAAUGCUGAAUACGACGACAAUUACACAGAUCCCAGUUUUCUAAAAGAUUUGAAAACUAAUUUAAAUGUUCGCUUUUUCACUUUCGAGGAAGCUCUUAAAGGCAUCACUAGGCUAAAUAAUCAAAUUUCAUGUAUAACCGCUUUUUUGGUUAUUUUUUAUUUGCUUUACAGCGAGAGUGUUGCCCCACUUAAUGUUUUAUUAGUCACUGGACUAAUCACUUCAGUUGGAUACAUCUUUUACCGAGGACAUAAGCUUUUUGUACUUCAAUAUCUUCUGGAGGACUCAAAAACUUUAUUGACGGUGUUGGUCUUUGGAUAUAUUUUUGCUCCUUUACUACACCGUCUAACAAAUGCUAUAAGUACUGAUACAAUAUUUUCAAUGACAUUCUUUGUUCUGCUUCUCAAUCUAAUAUUCUUCGAUUAUGGAUUAUCAGCUGCAAUGGUUUCAAAAGCGCUAUCACUGAAUGCUGCGAUAUUUGCAUCCAUUUGUUUGGCGUCCCGCCUUUCUACUGCUUUUCAUGCGUUUGUUUUGCUUGUAGAAGCGUCUGUCUUUUUUGUACUUUAUCCUAUUUUCACAUCUUUAUACUGGCGAUGGUACCUUUUGUUGCCUACUUAUAUGGUUUGUUGUUUUUUGUUGUACAACAUUUCUAUUAAUAUGCUUAUAAUUUAUGCCAUUUUAACGGGAUUUAUUAAUAUUAUAUGUCCAUACAUAUUUGUGACACAACAACAAUACAAACAAAAUAUUCAUGGACCAUGGGAUGAAGCAAUAGUAGAGGAAAACUCAGAGAAUGUCAUUAAUGAUAAAUAAUCAAACGUAUUAUUUGAUAAAUGUUAUAUAUCAUUGGAAUUAAUAAAAAAUAUUGUUUUUAGAUCCAUAA